AUGAUAAGAAAGGAUCCAAGAGCAAGUUUACCACCAGGGUUUAGAUUUCAUCCAACUGAUGAAGAACUCAUUCUCCAUUAUCUACGGAAGAAGGUUUCCUCUUUACCAGUCCCUCCUUCCGUUAUCGCAGAUGUCGACAUCUAUAAAUCUGAUCCAUGGGAAUUACCAGCCAAGGCCCCCUUUGGAGAGAAAGAAUGGUAUUUUUUCAGUCCGAGGGACAGGAAAUAUCCAAACGGAGCAAGACCAAACCGAGCAGCUGCAUCUGGAUAUUGGAAAGCCACUGGAACAGAUAAAUUAAUCAUGGUACCAAACGGUGAAGGAGUUCACGAAAACAUUGGUAUAAAAAAAGCUCUUGUGUUUUAUAGAGGAAAGCCUCCAAAAGGUGUUAAAACCAAUUGGAUCAUGCAUGAAUAUCGACUUGCUGAAACCCUAUCGCCCAAAAGAGAUAGGAGUUUGAAAUCUAAAGAAUACUCUAUGAGGCUGGAUGAUUGGGUUCUUUGCCGGAUUUACAAGAAAUCACACACUUCAUUGUCAUCAUCAGAUGUUGCUUUGGCUACAACUACAAGCAACCAAGAACAUGAGAAAAAUGACAAAGAACCAUUCUUAGUAAGCGAAACCCUCGUGCCAAAUUUGGAAAACGAUCAAACCCUUAAACGCCAGAAGUCUUCUUUCUCGAACUUAUUAGACGCUACAGAUUUGACGUUCCUCACAAAUUUUCUAAACGAAACUCCGGAAACGCGUACUGAAUCAGAGUUUUCUUUCAUGAGUGGAAAUUUCUCAAACCCUAACAUCUACGAAAACCCUUACUUGGAUCAAAAGCUACCUCAGCUGAGCUCUCCUAGUUCUGAGACCAGCUUUAUCGGAAACAAAAGAGAAAGAAAGGAUUAUGCAGAAGAAACGAUGAACUCUUCCAAGAAGAUGAUCAACAACUUUAGUUACAAUAAUAGUAUAGAUCAUUUGGAUCAUAGUAUGGUUCAACAAUCUAGUUUUCUUAAUCAGGAAUUCUCAGUGAGUCCUCGCCUUCCAUAUUAAGGCUAGAGAGGAUAUUGUUUUCAAAACAUCAUUACACGAAUUAGGGACCAUUUGAUAUAUGGUUAAACGUAGGAGUUGUUAUUAUAUGAAAUUUCCAAAGUAUUGUAA